CUUUUCGCCAGUGGUUGGGACUCCGGGUGGAAGGCGCCCGGGGGAAUCCCAGCUGACUCGCUCACUGCCUUCGAAGUCCGGCGUCCCCCGGGAGGGAACUGGGUGGCCGCACCCUCCCGGCUGCGGUGGCUGUCGUCCCCCACCCUGCAGCCAGGACUCGAUGGAGGUACAGAGCUCGGCUUCUCUGCUUUGGGAAGAUAGUGGUGGUGGUUGAAAGGGCGAUGGUAUUUUCCCCGAAAGCCUACGCCCGGGGCCCCUCCCAGCUCCAGAGGUACCCUCUGGUAUACCCAACUGGCCCGGCUGCCCCGCCCUCUCCUGGGGAAAACUUAGUUGCAAUUUCAGUUUUUGGUUUUUCCCCUAAUGACACUUUAAUGACACUUCCGAGGCUCUCCUCGCCAUCCUCCCGCUUCCGGAGGAGCGCAGAUCGCAGAUCCCUUUGCCCCUGGCGUGCGACUCCCUACUGCGCUUCGCUCUUACGGCGUUCCAGCCUGCUGGCUAGCGCAAGGCGGGCCGGGCACCCUGCGCUCCGCUGGAAGGGUGAGGGACGCGCCUCUGGUGGCCCCAGCCAAGCUGCCGGUUUCUGAGAAGACGCUGUCCCGCAGCCCUGAGGGCUGAGUUCUGCACCCAGUCAAGCUCAGGAAGGCCAAGGAAAGAAUCCAUUCCAAUAUAUGGCCAUGUGGCUCUUUGGAGCAGUGUUCCAUCAUGUUCCACGAUGGUGACAUCAUACAGAGCACAGAAAUCAAUGUUAGCAGAUAACCAGCCCAUAUAAAAUCGAGUUGUAUUGUAGGAAGCAUCGUGGAUGGAUGGCUGUUGGAAAUCCCCUGCCAUAGCCAACUCUUCUUCAAUACCUAAGGAUUUACUGUGGCUUUGAGUAAUGAGAAUUUCGAAACCACAUUUGAGAAGUAGUUCCAUCCAGUGCUACUUGUGUUUACUUCUAAACAGUCAUUUUCUAACUGAAGCUGGCAUUCAUGUCUUCAUUUUGGGCUGUUUCAGUGCAGGGCUCCCUAAAACAGAAGCCAACUGGGUGAAUGUAAUAAGUGAUUUGAAAAAAAUUGAAGAUCUUAUUCAAUCCAUGCAUAUUGAUGCUACUUUAUAUACAGAAAGUGAUGUUCACCCCAGUUGCAAAGUCACAGCAAUGAAGUGCUUUCUCUUGGAGUUGCAAGUUAUUUCACAUGAGUCUGGAGAUACAGAUAUUCAUGAUACAGUAGAAAAUCUUAUCAUCCUAGCAAACAACGUCUUGUCUUCUAAUGGGAAUAUAACAGAAUCUGGAUGCAAAGAAUGUGAGGAACUAGAGGAAAAAAAUAUUAAAGAAUUUUUGCAGAGUUUUGUACAUAUUGUCCAAAUGUUCAUCAAUACUUCUUGAUUGCAACUGAUUCUUUAUAAAGUGUUUCUGUUACUAACGAACAUCACUCUGCUGCUUAGACAUAACAAAACACUCGGCAUUUCAAAUGUGCUGUCAAAACAAGUUUUUCUGUCAAGAAGAUGAUCAGACUUUGGAUCAGAUGAACUCUUAGAAAUGAAGGCAGAAAAAUGUCAUUAAGUAAUAUAGUGACUAUGAACUUCUCUCAGACUUACUUUACUCAUUUGUUUUUAAUUUAUUAUUGAAAUUGUACAUAUUUGUGGAAUAAUGUAAAAUGUUGAAUAAAAACGUGUACAAGUGUUGUUAUUUGAAGUUGCACUGAUAUUUUACCUAUUAUCGCAAAAUAGCAUUUGUUUAAGGGUCAAAUUAUGUAGUGGCAGGGAUGGGUACCAAUGCUGCAGGUCAACAGCUAUGUUGGUAUGCUCCUGCCAGUGUGAAACCACUGACUACUGGCUCUCAUUGACUUCCUUACUAAGCAUUGCAAACAGAGGAAGAAUUUGUUCUCAAUAAGAAAAAGAAGAACUAUAUGUGAAUCCUCUUCUUUAAACUGUAAUUUAGUUAUUGAUCUAUAAAGCAACUGUUAUGAAAUAAAGAAAUUGCAACAACCGGCA